GUGAAAUCGCAAUGGGGCACGGCGCUCUCAAGAAGAGGAAGCAGCUGGAGUGUCACCCUCUGGAGCGCUUUCUGGAGGAGUGCCAGCAAGAAUGGGACGAGUAUGCGAGAAAAUGGAAGGCGGACGACCCAUCUUUGAGGGAUCCUCCAGCCUACCCAUACUCAGUCGCAAUUGUCAAAGGGCUCUUAGCGAAACACGCAGCCCUUGUCAGUGAGCAGCCAAUGAGCUGA